CCAUAUUCUCGCAGGUUGAGGCUCCACAUCACACUACAAGUUCACAAUGAACAUCCUCAUAUACGCUAUUAUUUUGCGUUUUCUCAUGUCCUGUCAUGGAUCAGUAGUUCCUCUUGGUGUCGGUACACAGACACGUAUCAUUGAUGGUAGUGUGAUCGACAUAGAGAAAGCACCUUACCAGGCGCAGUACGAGCACAUUGGCAUCCCUACAUGCGGUGCAACGAUCAUAAGUCCAGCCUACGCCCUAACAGCUGCACACUGCACGAUCAGGUCCAUCGUCAGCCUGGUGACCAUCAGGGUCGGCAGCUCGACCAGGGCCCAUGGCGGCUCCAUGCACGACGCCGUGUUCAUCAUCAGGCACGAGCGGUACAGCGCCAGCCCGACUAUCGAGUACGACAUCGCCAUCGUCAGGGUGGCCGCCGUGUUCAUGUACAACGAGCGCGUGCAGCCGCUCAAGAUGGCGACCGCCGCGCCGCAGGCCGGGGCGAGCGCCCUGGUGGCCGGCUGGGGCGCCGCGGCGGAGGGCGGGCAGCCGUCGGCGGAGCUGCGCGAGGCGCGGGUCUCCGUGCUGGGCCGCGCCGCCUGCAACUCCUCGCUGGAGGGGCGCCUGGGCGAGGCCUCGCUGUGCGCCGGGCACCUGGGCGCGGGUUCAGGCCUGGGCGACAGGGACCUGGGCGGCGGGCUGGUCUCCGGCGGCGAGCUGGUCGGCGUGGCCUCCUGGCGCGGGCCCCACCCCUCCUCGCCCGGGGUGUACGCCGACGUGGCCGCGCUGCGCGGGUGGGUGUACGCCAACUGCGGCAUCUAGCGGCGCCCGUGCACACACCGUCACGUGGUGCGCUUCAAGAGCGGUCUCUCGCUUCGGAAACAUCGACUCCUCCCUCUUUCAAUACAUCAGCAAACUCGCUUUACCCUACCAAAACCCAAAGAUUUAAGUUAUCGGCUUUUAAUCCUGAUUUUUCGAUCAAACCACACUGAUUUACAGCAGUUUUUAAAUAUAUUUAUUUAUUAUAGCGUGUAAAAAGGUUUGUAAGGUGGCAACGACUUAACUUCGAUACCCGCUACAAAGAGAUAUUUUAAUAGGGCCUAUAUAUGUAAUUCCAGUGACCUGGUGUUUGUUUCCAGUGAACUCUUCACCAAGUCAACCGAUUUCGACGAAUAUUGGCAUUUAUGUGUAAUUUUUUUCCAACUUGAGAGAUAGGAUUGUUUUUACUUCGAUUAAUGGUCUUAAUAAUUUAUAAUUAACAAUAAAUAACCGAUCGCCAUGGGUAAAUAAAAAAAUCAUUGAUCAUAAACAUACAAACAGUAAUUGUGUGACAUUUCUCUAUGUCCAACACACUUUCAUAAAGCGCUAUCCAGUUUGCUUUAACUCGCAGACAAUAAAGCUCCGUGUGUUAAGCCCGGGCAACGCCGGGUACAUCAGCUAGUUAUUUGAUAAAAAUUCGAUGUUUGGUUGGCCGGUACGCGGUUUGUUUCUUCUCAGGUUUCAGUGGUUUCUACUGGAUGAUUCCAAGUGAAGGAUCUUGUCCCACGGGAAGCUAGCCACCACCGACCAGCCCCUCGAGAUACUCUGUCUGCGUCAUGUUCGCGCUCCGGGUGUGGACGACAUACGUGGACAGGCUUGGCUGCCGCAUGUGAACCAUUUUAAACCUUUUUUCUUUUAGAGAUAUAACCCAGCUGUUUUUUUGGCCGUUUUUGAUGAACCGUGGGCGUACAGAUGUUCAGUAACAGUAUUUUUAAUAACCCGGUUGCGGAUAGCACUUAUUUUUAACACAAUCCAAUAAUAAAACAAACCAUGACAACUAAUGACAUAGCAUGUCUAAUUCUAAGAAACAGUAAAAAAAAAUUACCGUGAAAUAACAGGUCCUAUUAAAUCAUUAAGUAUAGGUAUUAUUUUCAGACAAAUUUCACAGAACAAAAAAAAAUUCUGACGCAUUUUGAAUGUAAGCUACAUCAGUCAAUAAAUUUUUAACAAUUUUUAAUGUACACAAUAAAAAUAAAAAUGUUUAAAAGAGUUAUAUUUAUGAAAUGAAUUAAAAAAAUUCUAUACUACUUGAAAAGGUCAGGUAGUAUAAAAUUUGCAAUGUUUUGAAAAUAUUAUGGUUAUUUUCUAUAGUGAAUUCUUUAAAACAAUGUGUGCUGUAUAAGAAUUUAUUGGAAACCCAGUUGCCCAACCGCGUCCGUUUAUAACUGCUAGUAAAAUUUAAUUUUUAACAUUUUACUAAACACUGCAAAGAAACAUGCAAAACUAAUGUAGUACCUAGGAUAUGAAUAAAAAGUACUAUAGUACGGUACUUCAUCAGUACAUAUUUCGCAGAAAUCAUAAUAUAAUAUUAUACAGUCUUGCCUUUUGUGUCCUAAAAAUGUUCGCAUACUUAUUUCUAGAUAUUUGUAAUAAUAUUGCAAUGAUUUUGCUUUUCAUUUUACAAUAUGAACUUAAAUGUGAACCAACUUAGAAAUAAUAUCUAUUUACUGCAAUUUAC